AUGAAACUUUUCCACCUUUCCACUCGCACUCCAUUAAACAUUUUUCAUUCGCUUUAUUGCCCUCUUGGGCUGUCACAAACAAGUGUGGCCAACUUCGAGCCACGCCCAUAUUAG